AAAGAUUUGAUCACCAGGAGGUUUUCCGGGACAUUAUCAAACCAGUCGUUUUCGUGACUGCCUCCGGGUGAUGAUGGCCGCGUGAGUGUCUGCCAUGGCCCACCGGAAGCGCCAGAGCACCACCAGCAGCAUGUUGGAACACAGGGCCAGGCCAGGCCCCAUCCCCCAUGGCCAGGAGCCUGAGAGUGAGGAUGCAGAGCUGCCCUUGGAGGGCUAUGUGCCCCAGGGCCUGGAGCUGACCACCCUGCGGCCAGAGAGCCCCACACCCGAGGAGCAAGACUGCCACAACCACAGCCCUGAUGGGGACUCCAGCUCCGACUAUGUGAACAACACCUCUGAGGAGGAGGACUAUGAUGAGGGGCUCCCCGAGGAGGAGGAGGGCAUCACCUACUACAUCCGCUACUGCCCAGAGGAUGACAGCUACCUGGAGGGCAUGGACUGCAACGGGGAGGAGUAUGUGGCCCACGGUACACACCCUGUGGACACUGACGAGUGCCAAGAGGCGGUGGAGGAGUGGACAGACUCAGCGGGCCCACACCCCCAUGGCCAUGGGGCCGAAGGCAGCCAGGACUACCCAGAGAGCCACCUGCCCAUCCCAGAGGACGAGCCCUCUGUGCUGGAAGCCCACGUCCAGGAAGAUGAUGGUCACUACUGUCCCAGCAAAGAGGGCUACCAGGACUAUUACCCUUCAGAGGCCAAUGGGAAUGCAGGGGGUGCUUCCCCGUAUCACCUGAGGCGUGGGGAUGGGGACCUGGAGGACCAGGAGGAAGACAUUGACCAGAUUGUGGCUGAGAUCAAGAUGAGCUUGAGCAUGACCAGCAUCACCAGUGCCAGCGAGGCGAGCCCUGAGCAUAUGCCUGAGCCAGGGCCGGGGGACUCCACAGAGGCCUGCCCGCCCAGCGAGGCCAGCUGCGGGCCCAACAGGCAUGAGGCAAGGCCCAAGUCGCUGAACCUCCCUCCGGAGUCCAAGCACCCAGGAGACCCCCAGAGAGGCUUCAAGGCCAAGACCAGGACCCCAGAGGAGAGGCCAAAGUGGCCCCAAGAGCAGGUAUGCAAUGGUUUGGAGCAGCCGAGGAAGCAGCAGCGCUCUGAUCUCAAUGGGCCCAUUGACAAUAACAACAUCCCAGAGACAAAGAAGGUGGCAUCAUUUCCAAGUUUUGUGGCUGUUCCAGGGCCCUGUGAGCCAGAAGACCUCAUCGACGGGAUCAUCUUUGCUGCCAACUACCUGGGGUCCACCCAGCUGCUCUCUGAACGCAACCCUUCCAAAAACAUCAGAAUGAUGCAGGCACAGGAGGCCGUCAGCAGGGUCAAGAGGAUGCAAAAGGCUGCUAAGAUCAAGAAAAAAGCGAAUUCCGAGGGGGAUGCACAGACACUGACGGAAGUGGACCUCUUCAUCUCCACCCAGAGGAUUAAAGUUUUAAAUGCUGACACACAGGAAACCAUGAUGGACCAUGCCUUGCGUACCAUCUCCUACAUUGCUGACAUUGGGAACAUCGUAGUGUUGAUGGCCAGACGCCGCAUGCCCCGGUCAGCCUCUCAAGAUUGCAUUGAGACCACACCUGGGGCCCAGGAGGGGAAGAAGCAGUAUAAAAUGAUCUGCCACGUGUUCGAGUCAGAAGACGCCCAACUCAUAGCCCAGUCCAUUGGGCAGGCCUUCAGUGUGGCCUACCAGGAGUUUCUGCGGGCCAAUGGCAUCAACCCAGAAGACCUCAGCCAGAAGGAGUACAGCGACAUCAUCAACACCCAGGAGAUGUACAACGAUGACCUCAUCCACUUCUCCAACUCCGAGAACUGCAAGGAGCUUCAGCUGGAGAAGCACAAGGGUGAGAUUCUGGGCGUGGUGGUCGUAGAGUCGGGCUGGGGCUCCAUCCUGCCCACGGUGAUCCUGGCAAACAUGAUGAAUGGAGGCCCAGCAGCUCGUUCUGGGAAGCUGAGCAUCGGGGACCAGAUCAUGUCCAUCAAUGGCACCAGCCUGGUGGGGCUGCCUCUCGCCACCUGCCAGGGCAUCAUCAAGGGCCUGAAGAACCAGACCCAGGUGAAGCUCAACAUCGUCAGCUGCCCCCCAGUCACCACGGUCCUCAUCAAGCGGCCAGACCUCAAGUACCAGCUGGGCUUCAGUGUGCAGAAUGGAAUCAUCUGCAGCCUCAUGAGAGGGGGCAUCGCCGAACGAGGUGGCGUCCGUGUUGGCCACCGCAUCAUCGAGAUCAAUGGGCAGAGUGUGGUGGCCACAGCCCAUGAGAAGAUAGUCCAGGCUCUGUCCAACUCUGUUGGGGAGAUUCACAUGAAGACCAUGCCUGCUGCCAUGUUCAGGCUCCUCACGGGCCAGGAGACCCCGCUGUACAUCUAGGCCCACCCAGCCUUUGCCACGGAGCCGGGGUCGCCAGGCAGGCCCACCUGGACCCAGAAAAGCAGGAAGCCAGGACAAAGCCCUGCCCCUUGAUCGCACCGCCCAGCCAAGAACACUGGCCCCCGAAGGGUGUGCCCUUACCUCCUCCCGGUUGUUUUGAUUUGAUUUUUGUUUUG